AUGGACCAUAUUGUACGAGUUGUCACGUCACCAUCGUGUCUCGUAGAGGUGAAAACUGCCUAUUUCCAAUUUCUUCUGCACUGUUACAUCGACACAGAUGCGGAGAUGAAGGACGCCUACAAACCAGAAUAUGUGGAUUCGUUGCUACACAAUAUGCUAGUGGAUGUUCAAAAGCUUCAUAGCGAGUUAUCGUCACCCAAUCCGUCGCCUAACACUGCUGUACUGGAACAGUACAUCUGUCAGACGGUUACGGAGAUCUUGCUGAAGUUCUUCGAGAAGCCCUACAGUGAACAGGCUAAGGUGGACAUACAUGCCCAUAAGAAGAUGUUCACCGCGAUACUGCAGCAGCUCAGCAUACUUCAUAACACCUGUCUGAAGAGAUCACAAUCCCCGAAACAUUGGUACAGAGUGGAUCAGUGUAUCAAAAGGCUGAGAAAAUGGGCGGAAGAGAACAAAAUUUCUGUGCCGGCCAGUAUCACAAUGCCGCCGUUCUCGUCCGCCCCGACGGUGAAGCAACGUUGGCAGUGUGCGGCGAACUCGGCGAGGUUUAUAAGUCAGCAUUCGGUGUCUAUGCGAAAUCGCGCCAAUUCAUUGAAGAUGCCCGGUUUUCCUAAUCUACGGAACCAAAAUGAGAAAGUGGCCAACGUCGUCACAUGCUAUCACGUAAGUAAUUGA